UGUACCUCUACUUACGUCCAUCAUCGUGCUCUCGUUGAGAAACCAUCUUAUCAGUUGUCCCAUCUGUUGUGUCAAUCACGAUGGGCCUCGAGUUUGUGAUGGACUCCUGCAAGAUGUGCCCUUCAAUCCAACAGAACACCGCCAGCGGCGCGGGUAUCCCCUUCAUCAAUGCUUCCAACCAUGAUAGCCCCAGUACUGGGGUCUUUGAGUGUUGAGCUUCAAGUGUUUGCUGCAGUCAAGUGCUGCAGAAUCCAUUUUUAAGGCCGAGAGGUGUCUGAUACGCACAUAAAUCAACUUAAUGGCCAUGGACGCGCUGGCUCCCGAGUUGUUGAUUCACAUUUUCAAGUCACUCCAUUCCGCUGCCGACAUCAUCAACCUUUCCUUGACGUGCCGAUACUUCAACUCUCUCCUUCCCAAGUCCCAGAAAUUGGCUCUGUUCUUUCAUACCGUCGAUCAAGAGAUGGGACCUGUUCAAGAAGCCAUUCAAUUGCUCACUCAAAACGACCAACAAGCUCUCCACAUCCCACGAAACCCGCCACUCUCUUUUGCCCUCCUUGCUCAAGUCACGAAUGUCGGUCGUGUCGCACAGCGCUUUGUUUCCUUAUAUCCACUACACAAGUGGACCUAUGAGAACAGCGAGAAUCGCCGGAUGCUGCAACACGACGAAGCCAGACGCCUCAGACGUGCUGUGUAUAGAUUUUGGAGUCAUUGUCAGGCACUGCAUUCCCAAACUUUGUAUCGCACUUCUCGUCCCGGUUCAGUCAACACUGAACGUUUACAACUCCUGCGCAGCUGGAGUACGGCGGAGCUUUUAGAAUUGGAAGACUUUCGUGGCAUUCUGGAGCAACUUCUGGCGAGCGAGAUCUGCCCUACAGAUGGAGAUGUCUUCUCUCGUCACCCACAGACCAAACCUGUCUAUUCGUUUUCAUUCAAACGUGACGCCCUGCUCGAUCCUGUCAAGUCCAGCAUUUACUCUGAGGUAUUUCACACAAGCGGGCACGAAACCUCCGAACCCACGCAAGAUUCCAGGAUGUCGACUCAAGAACGCCGAUUCAAAUGCAUGCAAGGAUGGGGGAGUGACCUGGAGAACUUUUACGUGGUGCAGGCAUUCCUCAAACUUACGCCGGCGCAGCUAUUGUGGCUAUUGGACCAUGCCGUCUACAAAAGCGAUGUCGAACAAUUCGUCGAGUCUCAAACAAUGGACCUCUGUUUUCUUGAGAGCGGCUCGAUGCUCUUCCACGAGUGGGUCACCGUGCUUCACCAACGCGGAGUGGAUGUCCAACAGGUUCGAGAUUCGAUCUGGGAGGGAGAGGCAGGAAUUGUACGAGCACAAGAGAAUCAGGUCGUAUAGAUCCAUAGACAGAUUGCCAUCCUAGAGAAACCGUUGUUGUCGGGCCGUGUGGUCAACCAUGUUCCUCCUUCUUUGGGGGUAGUAAUUGAUAUCGUGAAGUCUAUAAAGGUUAUCUGUCCAUGACCGUAGUAGAUACAAUGGUGCUCUGAUGUUCAAGGAAGUUUUUCAGAAACAGCGUGGACAAUACCG